CUUUGAUAUUGGAGCAAGUGCCCAUAAGCAAUCCACAGCUCUUCUUUUUCUGGCGAAACAGCAAAGUUGAAGCCAUUUUAAAAUCUAAUUGGCUUUUAUUCUUCCCUGCUGAAUGCAAGGGUGGUUUUGCAUUAGACUUCGCUUUCAGCGAUGAGAAUGUUCCUGUGCAUCCUUUUUUCCCUGAGUUUCAUCAGUCAGCAUGCCAUCUGGAGUGUGGACACAGGUAAGGCGAUAGAUACGGAAGAGUUGCUGCCGUCAUCUCAACCCAGGAGGCAGAUGCUUGAUCAUCUUGCUGCUUUGGAAUCAUUAGACUUUACAAACCUGGACUCUGGAGUGGAAUGCGGAAGAUGUCCUCUUGAUCUGGAGAACGAGGAGGAGGAUUGGCAGCUUGGAAUGUUCUCAAGAAUUAUCGGAGGGAAGCCCUCUUUGCCUGGGGCACGGCCAUGGCAGGUAUCCAUCAAGGUGGGCCGUUCCCACUUUUGUGGUGGGAGUCUGAUCCAUGAUAAUGUGGUGGUGACUGCAGCUCAUUGUGUCACAGAUUAUGACUUGAAAGUUGUGCGAAAUCUGAUGGUCACUGUUGGGGAAUACGACCUUGGAAGGAUGGAUGAAGGAGAGCAGAACAUCCUAGUCUCAAGAAUUGUUGUCCACCCUGAAUUCAACAGAUUUGGGUGUAUGGAUUCAGAUAUUGCACUCCUGUAUCUGAAAGACAGAGUAAAAUAUGGACCAGACGUUCAACCAAUCUGUCUUCCCCACAAAGAAUAUCUAUUUGAAGCUGGGACCCUCUGCAUUGUGAGUGGGUGGGGCAAGGUCUCGGAAGCUGAUGCCCUGUCAAAUGUUCUGCAGGAAGUGGAGCUGCCAAUUCUUGACAGCGGGACCUGCAGAGAGCUGCUGAAAGAGCUAAAUGUGGCUACUAGGUGCAACAAUGUGCUAUGUGCUGGCUUUCCAGAUGGUGGAAAGGAUGCAUGCAAGGGGGAUUCUGGAGGCCCACUAGCUUGUCGGAGAGAUAGUGGCAUCUGGACUCUGGUGGGCAUCACAUCCUGGGGCAUUGGCUGUGCAAAAGGCUGGCACGCGGACAAGGAAAGCAGGAGCAGGAGAGGUUCCCCAGGCAUCUUCUCUAAAGUAGAUGAGUUCCUGGAUUUCAUUGCCCAAAAUAUAGUCACUGAACCGAUACCAUUCGGCUGGUCUCCAUCCAGGCCAGAAGACUGCGAUUCCCAUGGAAUAUCAGUGUUUGGAGAAAGUGGCCAUGUUCAGCAUCCUUCCCGAACUGAGGAUCAUUACCUUCAAAACAGUCUGUGUAUCUGGAAUAUAACUGUGCCAGAGAACAACAUAAUACUUGUGCAGUUUAUCAGAAUUGACAUAGAAGAUCAAGUUAGGUGUGACCAUGACUAUGUGACUGUCUACUCAAGCAGGAGAGAGCUUGUUGGUAAAAUCUGUGGCAGCGUGUUGCCUUCCCCUCUGCUCGUAGAGUCUAACCAAGCGACUGUUACUUUUGUGUCUGACAGCAGCAUUACUGGUAGGGGCUUUGAGUUCCUCUUCAGCGCUGUGCAUAAAGCAUCUGAAGCAGGUUCUGGUUGUGGCAGUGUUGCUGUACUAACAGAAGAAGGGACAUUUGACACAGCUAAUUAUCCUGGCUUAUAUCCCAGCAACACCAAAUGUCAUUGGCUCAUUGAAGCCCCAGAGGAGCAUGUCAUAAAGUUUGAGUUUGAAGACUUUGCCGUUGAAAUCAGCCAAGAUUGUAUUUAUGAUGCUGUUGUGAUCUAUGAAGACACAGAAGAGGAACACCAAAUAGCUCUUCUUUGCGGGUUCUCGAUUCCUUCCCCUGUUUGGAGCUCUGGAAACAUUAUGUUAAUACACUUCAAGAGCGACGAGGAGAACAAUUUCAGAGGAUUCAAGGCCAGAUUUGAGUUUUUCCCAUCAGAAGCAUCCAAAAUUGAAUUUGUAGGGCCUGCUGUCUUGCAGAUGUCUGAUCCAAAGAAUAUCCCUCUGGAUGUUUGUGGAGUCCCUCCUUUUGGUCCCCAGUGGCCUUCUAUGCAUCUCCUUGGAUCGGAAGAAGCUUGUCCGCACUGCUGGCCGUGGCAUAUCAGUUUACGCUUUCUGGGGGACCACCACUGUGGAGGUGUCCUCAUCAGCUCUGCCUGGGUGCUCACAGCAGCUCAUUGUCUGCUCAUAUCAAAUAAUACAUCGCAUUGGACUCUUGUUGCUGGAGAACAUGACAGGAUACGGCCAGAACCUACUGAACAGGUGAGAAGAAUAAAAGCUAUUGUAAUGCACCAAGACUUUGACGUUGCAAGUUACGAUUCUGAUAUUGCGUUGGUUCAGUUAGAUGCCCCAUUUUCCUACAAUGCUGUGGUGAGACCAGUAUGCUUGCCAAACUCCACCGAGCCAUUGUCUUCCUCAGUACUUUGUACUGUCACCAGCUGGGGAAAUAAUCAAGAAGAUGAGGACCUUGCCAGCCGUUUACAGUGGACUCAAGUGCCCCUUCUUGACAAUGACAUCUGUGAGCAAAACUAUUAUCUUAACCACACUGGAGGUAUCACUGUGAGGAUGCUUUGUGCUGGCUUUGUAUCUUCUGAAGGCCAAAAUGCUUGCCAGGGGGAUUCAGGUGGCCCACUGGUGUGCCAAAAUGAAGAGGGGGUAUUUACACUUCAUGGCAUUUCCAUUUGGGGUGCUGGCUGCAUCAGACCAAAGAAACCCGGUGUCUAUACAAGGGUGACCUUUUUCUUGGACUGGAUCAUGUCUAAAAUGAAAGGGACCAAGAGGGGAAAUGACAUGAAAUAUCCCGAUGAUUUGAACCUGCAGCUAAUCCACUGCAGAGAUGUCAUCCUUACAGAUCAGGAAGGAAUAAUCCGGUCUCCAGGUUUUCCCUACACCUACUCGAAUGUUAGCAGAUGUCACUGGAGGAUAGUUGCUCCAUUAAAUGCCAUCAUUCAGCUGGAUUUUUUGGACUUUGUGUUUGGAAAAUCCGAUUCCAAAUGCCACGAUGGCCUUACAAUUUAUGAAGGAUUUGGACCUAUGAAAGAAGUGCUUGGUAACUACUGCAAGGAACCUCCACAAUAUCCUUUAAAGUCUGGAGGCUCUGUGGUGACCCUGACUUUUUCUUCUGAUGAGGGUACAAGUGUGAAAGGUUUUCUCCUUGCCUACAGAUUUCAUCAGGUCCGGCACAGUCUCACAGAAGGUAGAAUAAAAGAUGCUGGUAAAGGAUGUCCCAUUUUAGAUUUGAUCCCACUAGGAGUGGCUGAGAUUGUUUCUCCAAACUAUCCUGACAAUUACCCAGAUUUCCUGACGUGCACUUGGAUCGUCUAUUCUGCCUCAGGAAACAAGGUGAAGAGUGUGAUCAAAGAUCUGGUGAUAGAGGACACCAGAGAUUGCAUCUGGGACUCCCUGAGUUUUUACGAUGGACCAGAUGAACAGUCAGAAUUGCUUGGUCAGUUCUGUGGCCAAAGAAAGGAUCUUAAGCUAUUUUCAAGUGGCAGCUACUUGACGGUGCGUUUCCGGACAGAUGGCUCGGUUGGGGCCAGGGGCUUCCAGGUCUUCUUUGAAGAAGUGGAUCACAGACCAGCACAGAGAAGCGAGAAUGGAAUAGAACUCAAGGAUCUGUAACAGAAUAGACGAACGAAUAUCCAAGCUCGAAAAAUCACCAAAUGCAUCUGGACACCUACUGAUUGUUGAUUAGAUGCUUCCUGCACUACUGAAAAGCAUUGCCUUUUGGGACCUAAAGCCAGGGUGAACUUGUCUUAAGAAAUGCAGUGCCCCUUGGCACAUCUCCAACUACGACUCUGCGCAGAGCCAGCCCUACCACUAGGCAGAGUGAGGAAAUUGCCUUAGCAGGAGAUGCUGCUGAAGCAGAGCAGUGAUCCACAGCUUUUUUUUUUUGCCCAGGAAUGAUAUUAAUGAGGAAUUCUGUAUUUU